AUGAGGAAGAAGGUAGACGAACGUAUCAGGACUCUGAUUGAGAACGGUGUUAAGCUUAGACACCGUUCCAUGUUUGUCAUCGUCGGCGACAAGUCUCGUGACCAGAUUGUGAAUCUUCAUCACAUUUUGUCAAAAUCGGUGGUGAAGUCUAACACAAGUGUGCUAUGGUGUUACAAGAACAGACUUGACAUUAGCAGUCACAAUAAAAAACGGUCGAAGCAGCUGAAGAAGAUGAAGGAGAGAGGGCAGUUAGAUCCUGAAAAGCUUGACGCUUUCUCUCUUUUCCUUGAUGUUGGGGAAGUAACACAUUGCAUGUACAAAGAUUCUGAAAGAGUCCUUGGUAAUACUUAUGGCAUGUGCAUCCUACAGGAUUUUGAAGCAUUAACCCCAAAUCUGCUAGCAAGAACAAUUGAGACGGUGGAAGGGGGUGGGCUAGUUGUAUUAUUAUUGCAAUCUCUUGCUUCACUUACUAGUCUAUGCACCAUGGUUAUGGUAUGUGAUUUUGGUAGUUAUGUUGUUUUCUUUACUAGUUAUUUAGAGUUACAUGAUUGGUUCUUUUUGUAUCAGGAUGUGCAUGAUAGAUUUCGGACUGAGUCACACUCUGAAACUUCCGGACGUUUCAAUGAACGUUUUCUGUUAUCACUAGCGUCCUGCAAAGCAUGCGUUGUCAUGGAUGAUGAGUUGAAUAUAUUGCCGCUUUCAUCUCAUAUCAGAUCUAUCACAAAAGUUCCAGCAAAGGAGGAUUCGGAGGGACUUUCUGAGGCAGAACAAGACCUGAAGAGUUUGAAAGAAGCACUAGAUGAAGAUUUUCCUGUUGGUCCUUUGAUUAAGCAGUGUUGUACAUUGGAUCAGGGUAAAGCUGUUGUCACAUUUUUCGAUGCAAUAUUGGAUAAGACCCUAAGGAGCAUAGUUGCUCUAAUUGCUAGUCGAGGGCGUGGAAAAUCUGCCGCACUUGGUCUAGCUGUUGCAGGGGCUGUUGCUGCUGGGUACUCUAAUAUCUACGUAACAGCACCAAGCCCAGAUAACUUAAAAACAUUCUUCGAGUUUGUUUGCAAAGGUUUCAACGCUCUUGAAUACAAGGAACAUCUUGAAUAUGAUGUUGUGAGAAGUGUGAAUCCUGACUUUAAGAAAGCAAUCGUACGGAUAAAUAUCUUUAAGCAGCACAGGCAAACUAUCCAGUAUAUCCAACCGCAUGAACACGAGAAGCUCUCACAAGUUGAGCUGUUGGUUAUUGAUGAAGCAGCUGCGAUUCCUUUGCCAGUUGUGAAAUCGCUACUUGGACCUUACCUAGUUUUCUUAUCAUCUACUGUCAGUGGAUAUGAAGGUACUGGUAGAUCUUUGUCCCUGAAACUUCUCCAACAGUUAGAAGAACAAAGCCGAGCCCCUGCUACUGGUGUUGAAGGCUCUCUUUCUGGUUGCCUUUUUAAGAAGAUAGAACUUACUGAGUCAAUUAGAUACGCUUCUGGAGAUCCAAUUGAAUCCUGGCUCAAUGGUCUACUAUGCCUUGAUGUUGCUAAUUGUCUCCCCAGUCCUUCAUGCCAUCCUCUGCCAAGUCAGUGUGAUCUCUACUAUGUCAACCGAGACACACUAUUUUCUUAUCACAAAGACAGUGAGUUGUUUUUACAGCGAAUGAUGGCACUUUGUGUCUCUUCUCACUACAAGAAUUCGCCUAAUGAUCUUCAAUUGUUGGCGGAUGCUCCUGCUCAUCAUUUGUUUGUGCUACUCGGUCCUGUUGAUGAGUCCAAAAACCAGCUUCCUGAUAUACUCUGUGUUGUUCAGGUCUGUCUUGAAGGACAGAUAUCUGAGAAAUCAGCUAUCCGAAGUUUAAGAGAUGGUCAUUCACCACAUGGAGAUCAGAUACCAUGGAAGUUCUGUGAACAGUUCCGUGACCUUGUCUUUCCAACUCUUUCUGGUGCUCGUAUUGUACGCAUAGCAGUCCACCCCAACGCCAUGAAGAUGGGAUAUGGCUCUGCUGCGGUCGAACUAUUGACCAGAUAUUUUGAGGGUCAGCUAGCUUCAAUAUCAGAAGGUGAUGAUGACCUCGAUGUGGAGGCUUCACCAGUUAAAGUUACCGAAGCUGCUAAGAAGGCUUCUUUGCUUGAGGAACAAAUAAAACCUCGCGCCAAUCUUCCACCUUUGCUGGUUCCUCUUCGUGAUCGACGACCUGAGAGACUCCACUACCUCGGUGUCUCUUUUGGUCUUACUUUGGAUCUUUUCCGUUUCUGGAGGAAACAUAAAUUUGCUCCUUUCUACAUCAGUCAGAUACCAAGUGGUGUGACUGGUGAGCACACAUGUAUGCUUCUGAAACCAUUAAACAACGAUGAGUUUGAAGUUAGCGAGUCUGAUGAACUGGGCUUCUUUGCUCCCUUCUAUAAAGAUUUCAGGAUAAGGUUCUCUAAGCUGUUGAGUGAUAAGUUCAAGAAGAUGGAUUAUAAACUUGCAAUGAGUGUCUUAAACCCUAAGAUCAACUUCGCAGAAGUUGAUUCUUCAGGAAGUUCAGCAAAUGGAUAUUUGAAGAAACUCGACAGAGUCUUUUCUCCUUAUGACAUGGAGAGACUCAGAGCGUACACUGACAAUCUUGUGGACUUCAAUCUGGUUUAUGACCUCUGCAAAACUCUAGCACAUCACUAUUUUCAAGAGAAGCUCCCGGUCACGCUUUCAUAUGUUCAAGCAUCUGUGCUCCUAUGCUUGGGCUUGCAGGAGUCAGAUUUUUCUACCAUCGAGAGACAAAUGCAGUUAGAGAGGGGGCAAAUACACUCUCUUCUAUUGAAGGUUGGUAAGAAGCUAUACAAAUAUUUGAAUGGAAUUGCAAAAUCAGAGAUCGAGUCCACUUUGCCUCGGUUGAAAGAAAGAGUUCUUGAACCUCACAAUGUAUCAGUUGACGAAGAUCUCAGGGAAGGAGCAAAACAAGUCGAGGAACAAAUGAGAGCAAAGAUAGAACUGGAUCCUGAGCUGCUUGAACAAUUUGCUAUUGUGGGCAAAGAUGCUGAAGCUUUGGAAAAGUCUAAGAUCUCUUCAAGCGGUAUCGUCAGUAUCGAGACUACCAGACCUGAAUACAAGCCAAAACCAAGUGGGUUUGACAAAACCGCCAAAAAGAGAGGCAAUGAUAAGCACUCCUCCAGAUCCCACAAGAAGAGAAGAGCCUGA